AUGCCUAGCUUGGCAAGGGCUUUGGAGGCUAUCGCAUCUGCUCUUCAACAACAGGGCGAUGUUUUAGUGCAACCGCACGAAACGGCUCUGCAACAAUUAGAAGCGGCUAGGCUGAAUUCCGAAGCAGUCAAAGAGAACAUGAUUCAGGAAUGGACCUUAGAAAACUUUCUACAACACCGUCCACCUACUUUUAAUGGGAGGACAAGUCCGGACGAGGCUGAUCUAUGGAUAAGAAAUAUGGAAAAGAUUUUUUAUGCGAAAAAUUGUUCAUCAGAAACUAGGUUGGCAUACUCCGAGUAUCAGCUGUUUGGAGAAAAAGUACACUGGUGGGACAACAUGAAGCUAGUAUUAAAGGAAGGUGGUGAGAUUAUUACCUGGGAAGUUUUUAAGAAUAAGUUUUAUGUUGAGUACUUUCCGGACAGUGUAAGAUAUGCAAAAGAGGUGGAGUUCUUGCAGCUCGUGCAAGGUAACAAGUCGGUAGCUGAGUAUGCAGACAAGUUCAAACAUUUGGGACGUUUCUACACCCAACCAGCAAAUGAGGAAUGA